AUAGGUCUUUACUUUAAUUAUAGGUGACUGGGCUUUAGGUUGUGUGGCUUCUCGGCUGAAACGCUUUUUGAGGUCAGACAGCUUUUAAGGAGCAUUGUUAUUGUUUUCCUGUCUACUCGAUCUGGACCACUGGAACUAGCAUUGAUUGUGGUCCGCUUAAUGUUCUAACAUGUUAGAGACCUUUCGAAUCAAGAUAUUUACAAAGUUAUUCUGAUAAAUGUUUUGGAAAACAAUACAUGUUAUAAUGAAUAACGUCGUACGUAUACAAUAACAUAGCUUGUUGACGCAAUUAAGGCUAUGUAAAUAUUAUGUGUGAGUCUUUAUUAGACAGUUUGUCCUGAGUUGACAACAGCACAGCCUUCCUAGAUUGCAGCUGGUCCUUUUGCAGAAGAGCUGGUGGUGGUAAUAUUUUUAGUAUUUAAACAAUUACAUUUAAGAAACGAUUUAGUCUUUUAUGUAAUUUAUCUAUCAAAUGUGCUUUGUACUCAGUUGAUUUUAUCACCUCUGUAAAAUGAAGGGCAGGCAUGAAUUCUCAAGUUAAGAGGAUGAUCGCGCGUCUAUUUGUAACUGCGUGAUUGGUUGUUGGUCUCGAAUGGGAGGAGUUUGCAUAGCCUUCGGUUACUGUAUGAUAUCACAAUCAGCUGUGUUGAUGUAGAAAGAAACGGUUUUUUUUCAAACAGUGCGGGGUUUGCUCUUCUGCGUUCUAAACUGGUGCCUAAUCAAAGGAUAACGCAUUCAUCAAAUAAUCAGUUACAGAACAUGAAUCAAAUCAGAUUUUGGAAUUAACAGAAAAACCCUACUAAAACUGAGAAAUAAUCACCGAAUAAAGGUCUGUGUAAUAAGGAUCUCCACAGCCUCCACUGUAGUCUCUCAGCCUCCAGCCAGAGAGCAGAGGACAGGACGAGUGAGAGAACACCGACAACAACCUCAACACACCAAAUCACCACCAAGUCAGACCCCCUGGGUCCAAGGCAACACUUCUGCCACCCAGAAACCGGUCAUGUUCCGAAGGCUCACCAGUCUUUUUUUUGGAGGAGAUGAGGACAUGAGUACAGACCAGAGGACAUCAAAGUCUUCAGAAAUGCUUGAGGAAGGAUGGCUUCUGGUCGACCAUCAAGAAGCUGUCAACGAAGUGACCUUAGUGGAGGAGCAGGUGGUGGAGUGUGCUAACACGUCUACUUACAGAUACUCCAACCCACCUGUCUCUGGCGAGAGUGAACCCAUUUCAAAAACUGACGUCAGUGGAACCACUGAGGACAUGUUUCCCAGCAGGACGUCAGAACUGGAACUCCCGGCUCAAAGUGGCGCCGGCAGCCCUGACCGGGUCACGUGUGGGUUGGUAUCCGUGGCCGGACAGCUGGCGAAGGUCACACAGGUGGCCCGUGUCCAAAGGGCUCAAACCAGGAUGGAGCGCCGGCGUCUCACGCGGAAGUGCAUCCAGCGGCAGAACUGUGUCCGACAGAGAGCUCAGCGGCACUCCUACAGCACGCGCACCGUCUACCUCCAACAGCCAGGUCACCGCAACCUCAGUCGCUGAAAAGCCAGUGCCACGGAGUUCUAACAACGGGAACCUUCUACCUGUUCACGCCAAACACACUCGGAUACAAACGUAAACAUGCUCAGACAUACUAAAUAAACGCGACAAAUUGAUUGGUGGCAUGCUUCAGAAUAAAAUAAAAAAAUGUUUGAAUCCCACAUUUUUUUAAUGUAUAUUUCACUUGUGUGUAUGUGAAGCUAUUCCCAAAAUAAAUCUUUCAAUACUAAACUAAGCUUGUUACUGGCAGCUAAAUAUGACAAACAUUAAACCUGCACUAUUAUGUCAUAUUAAAUAAGGUGCUUGUAGGCUUGAUAGUGCAGCUAGCGCAAAACCCUAUGCAACAAUAAUCAAUAGCAUAUAUUGCAGGAAAUUAAAUGGUACUUAUGUAAAAUAAUUCAGUAUGUAUUCUGUUUGAUUGUUGUGUACUGUGUAUUAUUGCAAUAAAAGGGGAUGUACUAUGUGA